AUAAGGAACCACAACAAUUAGAUAAUCAAAUUCUUACGCUCUUUCAAAUUGAAAAAUUUCAAAAAAUAUUUGCUCAACAUACAAUUAAGGAAAGCGAUGAGGAACAAGAAAUUAAUGAGCAAUUAACGGUACUUUUAGAUCAGCAAGAAAAGGAUGCUUUUUUUUUAAAAUUACAGUAUAAUAUGUUUCUUUUAGGGAUGCUUCAUGCAAUGGUUCGUUCUAAUGAAACUUUACGUGAAACUUUCCUAAAUGCUUCCACCCGGAAUGAACUCUUUGCAAUAUGCAUUUAG